CCCUGUGCGGACUCCGGAGCUUGCAGCGCUCUCGCAUUCCUAUCGUCCUCCCCCGGCCCAUCCCCGGCACCAGCUCCGGUCCCGGUUCGGUCCCAGUCCUCUCCCGGCUCCCGUGGCCGGCCCAGCCCUCCGGAGCACGGAGCAGGUUGCCACGUGUCCGUGGGGGCUCGGGCUCAGAGCCCAGAGCAGCCAGCACCAUAGCGUCCAACAGCUGGAACGCCAGCAGCAGCCCCGGGGAGGGGCGGGAAGAUGGCCAGGACGGGAUGGACAAGAGCCUGGACAACGAUGCUGAGGGAGUGUGGAGCCCGGACAUCGAGCAGAGCUUCCAGGAGGCUCUGGCAAUCUACCCCCCCUGUGGCCGGCGGAAAAUCAUCCUCUCGGAUGAAGGCAAGAUGUACGGUCGCAACGAAUUGAUUGCGCGCUACAUCAAGCUGCGGACAGGGAAGACACGGACAAGGAAGCAGGUGUCCAGCCACAUCCAGGUUCUAGCUCGGAAGAAGGUGCGGGAGUACCAGGUUGGCAUCAAGGUACGUUGGCACCCGUGCCCAGGUGUCCUCGGCGGUGUCUCUCUGAGCAUGGGCAGCCCCUCUCCUUCCUCUCUUUUCCUCUGGUUGACGGCUCUGCUGUUCCCCUCUCCUGCUCUCUCUCUGCAGGUCUCUAGCCACUUGCAGGUUCUUGCCCGACGGAAAUCUCGGGAGAUUCAGUCCAAGCUGAAGGCCAUGAACUUGGACCAAGUCUCCAAAGACAAGGCUCUGCAGAGCAUGGCGUCCAUGUCCUCCGCUCAGAUUGUGUCGGCCAGCGUCCUACAGAACAAGCUCAGCCCCCCCCCUCCUCUUCCUCAGGCCGUCUUCUCUGCUGCCCCCAGGUUUUGGAGUGGGCCAAUCCCAGGGCAGCCUGGACCCUCUCAGGACAUUAAACCAUUUGCACAACCAGCUUACCCCAUCCAGCCACCCAUGCCUCCAUCACUAGCCAGUUAUGAACCCUUGGCCCCGCUGCCACCAGCUGCCUCAGCUGUGCCGGUCUGGCAGGACCGCACCAUCGCCUCUGCCAAGCUGCGGCUCCUUGAGUACUCUGCCUUCAUGGAGGUGCCACGGGAUGCCGAAACGUAUAGCAAACACCUCUUCGUGCACAUUGGGCAGACGAACCCCUCAUAUAGUGACCCACUGCUGGAGGCUGUAGACAUCCGCCAGAUCUACGACAAGUUCCCUGAGAAGAAGGGUGGCCUCAAGGAGCUCUAUGAGCGUGGGCCCCAGAACUCCUUCUUCCUCGUCAAGUUUUGGGCUGAUCUGAACAGCACAAUCCAGGAUGGGCCAGGGACUUUCUAUGGUGUCAGCAGUCAGUACAGCAGUGCAGAGAACAUGACCAUCACAGUGUCCACCAAGGUGUGCUCCUUUGGGAAGCAGGUUGUGGAGAAGGUGGAGACAGAGUACGCGCGGUUGGAGAACAGCCGCUUUGUCUACCGCAUCCACCGCUCCCCCAUGUGCGAAUACAUGAUCAAUUUCAUCCACAAACUCAAGCAUCUCCCGGAGAAGUACAUGAUGAACAGCGUCCUGGAGAAUUUCACCAUCCUGCAGGUUGUUACCAACAGGGAUACCCAGGAAACCCUGCUCUGCAUCGCCUUCGUGUUUGAGGUGUCCACCAGUGAGCACGGCGCCCAGCAUCAUGUCUACAAAUUGGUGAAGGACUAGGGGCCCUUGGGACAGGCAGGGGCUUGAGGAACACAGGGACGUGGGGAGGGUUGUGCAGAAGCGCCGCCUGUUGUGCCCCCCAGCCCCACUGGGAGUCAUUGGAAGAGAGGAGGAGGAGGAGGAAGAGGAGGAGGAGGAGGAAUAAGAAGAAAAGCAAUAGCCAAAAAAGACUGACUUGUGAUUGCAGAUGUUUUCUACUUUAGGAACAGUUUUUAAAUAAAUAUAUAUAUUAAAAAAAAAAAAAAGAAGAAGAAGAAGAAGAAUGAGAAUGAGAAUGGAAAUGUAGGGAGGAAGGAGAAGAGCCCGUGUCCAGCACUGGAUGGGGAAUGCAGUGGUGCCGAUGAGCCAGGACCGUGCAGGAUGUUGGAGCGGUGGAUGGUGCUGCUUUUGCCUCCCUGUUCAGGUCCCCGCGUGGUGUCACUGGGUCCAUGGUGAUAACCCUUGAACAGUGGUGUAACCCGGCACUGGGAGUGGUGGUGAGGACAUGGAGCCCAGGGCAGAGGUGGGAUCAGAUGGGAGCAGGGCAGGGGUGGUGGCCUUAAGCAGGAGAAAUGAACAGGAGAAAGUUGCAUUGUGCCUUGAUGAGGAUGAGUGUUCCUCAUCCUGUCCUGGCAGUAUUGGGAGCGGGAGAUGCAAAGCAUUGUUUAAUGGCUUUUUUUUUUUUUUUUUUUUUUUUAAUUGAAAAGUGCUUUUUAAUACUGUGCACAGAAUUGAGCUUUUUCCAUCCUGUGCCACUCCACAGUGCCCAGGACUCCCUGCUGUCACCUCUGGUGCCUGUGGCCAGAGCUUACCAUGGGGCUUGUGGUCAUCACAUUGCUGUGGUGUUUGUGCAUACUCCAGGAAUUGCAUUCAGGCUUUUCUCCAGCCCCAGCACCCCUCGGUGCAAUUUGCCAUGGUGCAGUGGGUUUGCUUGAUUUAUUUUGCAUAUGUACAUUUUCCAUCUUUUUUUGGCCUGUUUUUCUGUUUUUACAGUUCUGAUAUUGGCUUUUUCUCAGUGGGAAGCAGCUGAGUCCGGAGGAUCAUGGAGCUGAGCUGUGAAUGGGAAGAGGAGGGGAUAGAGAGGGGACCGAGAGGGGACAGAGGAUAUGUGGGAUGCAAGACUGGCUCUGCUCAGAGGGAAUAUGGGGCUACAGCCCACAGUAACCCAAUGUACCCUGUCCAGUCCUGCAGGUUGCAAGGGAGAGCAUCCCCAGGAGGGUUGUGCAGGGUGACAUGGAGCAGGGGGCAGGAGAAACACUUUGUCCGCCUGGAGGAAGACUGAAGGCAGUGGGAGGUGCAGUGCAGAGUGUUUUGGGAUGAUGGAGCUGGGGAUUGGUGAUGGGAUGCUGGGUGUGCAGGGGCAGCGCAGAGCUCAGGAAAUGCCCUUUGCUGAUGCCAUGUGUUGGGGCUCCAUCCCAGCAGAGCCACUCCAGUGCCGGGUCAAAGGGAGAAAGGGGAAAAUCACAGGGACAGCCUCAGCCCCCCCGUCCCAGGCUCUCAUAUGUAGCAUGUUCAUUUGUUAUUUGUGGUUGUGCUGGUUUUUUUUUUUUUUUUUUUUUUUUUUUUUUUUUUCGCUCACUGAUUUAAACUCUGGGAAUCCAAGUUCAAACCUCCCACCAUCACAUGGAGCUCUUCGUUAACUGGACCGCUUUGUGCUCCUUCCAUCCCUCCCUCCAUCCCUCCAUCUACCUCUCCAUCCAUCCCUCCCUUUCUCCAUCCAUCCCUCCUUCUCUCUAUCCCUCCAUCCCUCCCUCCUGCCCCAGCUAAGACUCAGCCACGGCCUCAGAGAUCCUCCUUGCCCUCCCCAUAGCCCCUCUGUUCUCCUCCAAUGUAUUUAUGAAUUUCACAUGAAGUACUGUUUUAUUUUUUUAAAGACUUUGUAAAGCUUUACCAGGGUUACAAUCACCAUUUUUAGAGCUGUGUCAGUCCACAAUGUUAAAAAUAAUAAUUUUUUUUAUGUAUUAUAUUUUUUGUGUAUUUUUUUAAUCCAGCUGUGAUGGGUUGUAUCAUGUAUUUGUUGUGUUUACUGUAUCUGUCCAACUUCAAAGAGAGGAGACUGUGGAGCUCCGAGAAAAGUACGGUCUGCUGAAAAACCAUUAAAAUUAUUUGUUCUUGUGUUGG